AAACCCUGAACCUUUUGUAACAGUUACGCUCACACACGCCUUUGUCUGCUAACAAAUUUUUUUGUCUUUGCUUUGCUUUCUCGGUGUUUGUCUCCGUCUCUGUCGCACUCUCUGCUGUUUUUCUCUCUCUAAAUUUCUCUCUCUCUCUCUGACACAAAUUCCCUUCUUUUAUCGUUUUCUCGGGGCAGAUCCACCACCAGUUUCCGGUGGAGGCCUCUGCGCCCUCCGAUGUGCUGACUUUGACUCACCCCGUGUGAUCAGCUACAGUGACGGCGCACAAACCCUUCCCCCAUGGGUCAGUGCUACGGCAAGGCCAAUCCGGCGACGGAAAAUGAAAACACCACCACCACCACCACCACAAUCGCAGAUUCCGGUGACGGAGACGGCUACCUCCCGCCGUCAUCCGCCGCAGUGAGCGCGUUUCCAUCGGUGAAGAACACGCCGGCUCGGAGUCCCUGGCCCAGCCCUUACCCGCAAGGUGGUGGCGUUGGCGGGGUGACGCCGUCGCCGGCGAGAGGCACGGCGACGCCGAGGAGGUUUUUCCGGCGGCCGUUUCCGCCGCCUUCGCCUGCGAAGCAUAUAAGGGCGUCGCUGGCGAAGCGGCUCGGGCACCUGAAUCCGCCGCCGAAGGAGGGGCCGAUCCCGGAGGAGGAGCAGGUGUUGGAUAAGAGCUUUGGUUAUAGCAAGAAUUUUGGGGCAAAAUAUGAGCUUGGGAAGGAAGUGGGUAAAGGGCAUUUUGGUCAUACUUGCUAUGCCAAGGGUAAAAAGGGUGACCUCAAAGAUCAACCUGUUGCUGUUAAAAUCAUUUCCAAGGCCAAGAUGACCACAGCAAUAGCAAUUGAAGAUGUUCGGAGAGAGGUGAAGAUAUUAAAAGCUCUAUCUGGCCAUGAGCAUCUCAUCAAAUUUCAUGAUGCUUUUGAGGAUUCCAACAAUGUGUACAUAGUUAUGGAAUUGUGUGAAGGUGGGGAGCUUCUUGACAGAAUUUUGUCAAGGGGAGGGAAGUAUACAGAGGAGGAUGCUAAGGUUAUAGUUUUGCAGAUUCUAAGCGUAGUUGCUUUUUGUCAUCUUCAAGGUGUUGUUCACCGUGACCUGAAACCUGAGAAUUUCCUCUUCACUUCAAAAAGUGAAGAUGCUGACAUGAAGCUUAUUGAUUUUGGUCUAUCUGACUUCAUUCGGCCGGAUGAACGGCUGAAUGACAUUGUGGGGAGUGCAUAUUAUGUUGCACCUGAGGUCCUUCACAGAUCAUAUAGUAUGGAAGCUGAUAUAUGGAGUAUUGGUGUCAUUACCUAUAUCUUGCUAUGUGGAAGUCGACCUUUCUGGGCACGAACGGAAUCUGGAAUUUUUCGUGCAGUGCUCAGAGCUGAUCCUAACUUUGAUGAUUUACCUUGGCCUUGUGCCUCUGCAGAGGCCAAGGACUUCGUUAAAAGGCUCCUAAACAAGGACUACAGGAAAAGAAUGACUGCUGUCCAAGCUCUAACUCACCCUUGGUUGCGGGAUGACAGCCGUGCCAUCCCUUUGGAUAUUUUAGUUUAUAAACUAGUGAAGGCUUAUCUUCAUGCGACACCAUUCAAACGUGCAGCUGUGAAGGCCCUUUCAAAAGCCUUGACAGAGGAUGAAUUGCCCUAUCUUAGAGCUCAAUUCAGAUUGUUGGAACCAAAUAGAGAGGGGCACAUCUCCCUUGACAAUUUCAAAAUGGCUCUUGCACGCCAUGCAACUGAUGCCAUGGGGGAGUCAAGGGUUCUUGAUAUCAUACAUGCGAUGGAACCACUUGCCUAUAGAAAGAUGGACUUUGAAGAAUUUUGUGCAGCUGCAAUUAGCACAUAUCAAUUGGAGGCACUUGAUAGGUGGGAAGAUAUUGCUUCCACUGCUUUUGAACAUUUUGAGAGAGAGGGCAACCGUCUGAUAUCGGUUGAAGAAUUAGCAAGAGAGUUGAAUCUUGGUCCUUCAGCUUUUUCAAUUCUCAGAGAUUGGAUACGAAAUACUGAUGGAAAGCUUAGUUUACUUGGAUAUACAAAAUUUUUGCAUGGUGUGACUAUCCGUAGUUCAAACCCGAGACAACGUUAGUGUUGAGCCCUUUUUGACAUAUAGUUUCAAGAUGGGGGAAAAAGAGAAAGAGAGAGAGUGAGAUUUUUUAUGGAUUUUUUUUUUUUUUUUCAUUUUUCUUUCAUGGUGGGAAAAAAAAAGGGUGUGUAUAUAAUGAAUGUGCUAGCAAGUCAAUACAGGUAUUGGAGUCAUUUAUAUGUCAAAUCCUUGCUCCUUAGCCUAUUUUGCAAAUGAUGUUUCUAUGGGUUUGAGCCCAUGAUUAUUCAUUAAUUUGUGAAUGCUUAAAAAGAUUACAUAGAGUCAAAAAGGAAUUUGUAUCCAA